AUGAGUGCUCGGUGGCUCCUGCUUUUGGCUAUGGCCUCUCUGGCCUCCACCCAGACAGUGGAGGAAAACGCCGGGGAAUUCUUAAGAAAAUUUGAUGAGGAUGCAUCUCGUCUGGUGUACCAGUAUUCCCUUGCAUCCUGGGCCUAUAAUACAGACAUCUCUCAGGAAAAUGCAGACAAAGAGGCUGAAGCAUAUAAGGUCUGGAGUGAGUACUACAGUAAGAUUUCCGAGGAUUCCAGUGCCUUCCCUAUCGAUCAGAUCUCUGAUCCAGAGAUUAAAUUACAGCUCAGAAAGCUCCAAGAUAAAGGAUCAGGGGCCCUUUCACCCGAUAAGGCCAGUCAGCUGAGGAGAGUAUUAUCAGAUAUGAGCACUAUUUAUAACACUGCGACUGUAUGUAAAAACGACGACCCCUCUGACUGUCAGACUUUGGAACCAGGUCUAGAGAGCAUCAUGGCAAACAGCAGAGACUACUAUGAACGUCUACAUGUGUGGGAGGGCUGGAGAGUGGCCACAGGGAAGCGGAUGAGACCCCUGUAUGAGGAUUACGUGGACCUGGAGAAUGAAGCAGCCAGACUAAACAACUACGCUGACCAUGGAGAUUACUGGAGGGGGGAUUAUGAAACCACUGAUGAACCCAAAUACAGCUAUACCCGAGAUCAAGUUAUGGAAGAUGCCAGGCGAAUCUAUAAAGAGAUCUUACCUUUAUACAAAGAGCUUCAUGCUUAUGUGAGAGCCAGACUGCAAAAUGUCUAUCCGGGUCACAUCGCCUCAGAUGCUUCUCUUCCUGCACACCUUCUUGGUGAUAUGUGGGGACGGUUUUGGACCAAUCUUUAUCCUCUCACCGUCCCAUUCCCUGAAAAGCCCGACAUUGAUGUGAGCUCUGCAAUGGUGGCCCAGGGCUGGAAUGAAAUGCGAUUGUUUACAGAGGCCGAAAACUUCUUUAUGUCUGUGAAUAUGUCUGCGAUGUUUGACAACUUCUGGACAAACUCAAUGUUUGUGAAACCUGAGGAUGGAAGGAAAGUGGUGUGUCAUCCUACCGCAUGGGAUAUGGGAAACAAAGAGGACUUCAGGAUCAAAAUGUGCACUAAAGUGAACAUGGAUGAUUUCUUAACUGUUCACCAUGAGAUGGGUCAUAACCAGUACCAGAUGGCUUACCGUCACCGUCCAUACCUGCUGAGAGAUGGCGCUAAUGAAGGCUUUCACGAGGCCGUGGGAGAGAUAAUGUCCCUUUCUGCAGCCACGCCCUCUCACCUGCAGGCCUUGGGCCUCCUACCUGCCGAUUUCAAAGAGGACUACGAGACAGAAAUUAACUUCCUGUUAAAACAAGCCCUCACCAUCGUUGCCACUUUGCCCUUCACCUACAUGCUGGAGGAGUGGAGGUGGCAAGUGUUUAAAGGUACCAUUCCCAAAGAUGAGUGGAUGCUGCGCUGGUGGGAAAUGAAGAGGGAGCUAGUUGGUGUGGCUGAGGCUGUGCCCAGAGACGAGUCAUACUGUGACCCACCUGCACUCUUUCACGUGUCUGGGGAUUAUUCUUUCAUCAGGUACUUCACUCGAACUAUUUAUCAGUUUCAAUUUCAAGAGGCACUUUGUGAGGAAGCUGGCCACACCGGCCCGCUUCACAAAUGUGACAUUACAAACUCAACCAAAGCCGGUAACAAACUCAGGCAUAUGCUUGAGUUAGGCCGAUCUAUGUCAUGGACCCGUGCCCUGGAGGACAUUGCAGGAACCACAAAGAUAGAUUCCCGGCCUCUACUAAAUUACUUCAGCACUCUUCUGGAAUGGUUAAAAGAGGAUAACCAAAAGAAUAACCGACUGACAGACUGGAAUGUCAAUACUGACCCAUAUUCAGAAAAUGCUUUUAAAGUCAGAAUAAGUCUAAAAGCUGCCAUGGGAGGGGAUGCAUACAUCUGGAAUUCAAAUGAAAUGUAUCUCUUUAAGUCCACAAUGGCUUUUGCUAUGCGCCAGUACUACUUGGAAAAAAAGAAGCAAGAGAUUCAUUUCAUGUCAGAGAAUAUCCACACAUACAAGGAAACACCCAGAAUCUCUUUUUAUUUCGUGGUAACGGAUCCAACCACACCAGGCCUGGUUAUUCCUAAAGCAGAAGUGGAGGCGGCAAUCCGGCUUUCCAGAGGACGUAUCAACAGUGCAUUUCUACUCAGUGAUGAAACAAUGGAAUUUGUUGGUCUGAUGGCAACAUUGGCCCCACCUAAAGAGGAAAAGAUCACAAUUUGGCUGGUGGUGUUUGGAGUGGUAAUGGGACUAACUGUGUGCGUGGGGGUCUACCUUGUGGUCACAGGGGCAAUCAACAGGAAAAAGAAAGCUAAGAAAGUUGAGGACACUGUGAACCCUUAUGAGGAAUCCGACAAAGGACAAAUGAACAAAGCCUUUGAAGAUGAUGUUGAAUUAACAGGACUGUAAAGAAACACAACAGCUCCUUCAGAUUGCAUGAAAAAAGCUUUUGUCAUUACAUAU